AUGGGCUUUGUGGAAGUUGUGGGAAAGUUUGUGUUUGGAGGAGGAGAUAAGGCGAGUUGUGAGAGAAUGAAGUUGAUGAUGUCGGAGUGGCCGCUUCAAAAGCAUGUCGUGUUUGCUCAAAGUCGCGCAAACAUGUGGAAGAAGAACGGCUCGGCGUUGAGAUUGCAGCACCACCACUACUGUGACGUGUCUGUUCGUGAUUCGACCAUCGACCAGGCGCUGUUCCUCGCGCUGUUCCUCCUUCAAGUCAGCCUCUGCGUUGUUUACCCUCUCGAGCUCAUGAUUGCUUGCAUCGACCGCUUCGGCCUAGGAGACUACUUUCAGGACAGUGUGACGGACCCCACACUGUGGUACGAUGAGAACCUCGAGCCCAAGCAGAAGAUCAAUCUGCUAGAAGACUUCUUGCUGCUGGUGAUCCAGCUGGCGACGUACCCUGUCUUCAUCAACAGCUGGGAUAGAUAUACCGAAAUCGAAACUCCCAGAAAGAUCACAGGAGACCAGCUGCUCGCCCAUCUUGUCGGAGGUGGCCAACUUCAGGAGCCUGACAGAGAGUGCCCCUGGACAGUGCAGUGUCUCAAGGACGAGAUGUACAACGAGGUGGAUCCUUACUGGAAAUACUACUCCCGUAAUGACCAGCCAUUCUCCACUACCGCCGACUUCCUGGGUACCCAUGUGGUCGCCGACAUAGUCCACUGGGCGUUUGCGCACUCCAUGCACAUCGCGACUCUGGAACAGUGGGCCGAUGCUGUCCAGUCCGCGUUUCCACAGGAUCACACCAGUAGUCCUGUGAUACCCACCUGGGACUUGGUUCUCGACUACGCCCUGCACCUGUCCAUGCUUGCUCUCAGUGUGAAAGCUCAAGAGUUUGCACAACAGUCGGUCUAUCUGAAGGGUUCGGAAGGGACAAACAGCACGUUCCAAAAACUUUGGGUAAUGCAGUCUGACGCAGCGUUCCAGCCGUUCAGAGCCAGGGUGGAUUACAUCCUGGAUACUAUCGUCGCCAACAUACCGCCCCACUACACGGCCGACUAUCGCGCUCACAAGGAGAGCGAGAAUCCUAUCGCUCUGUCACGCCCGGCCAAGCCAGACUCCAAGGCUUCGGCGGCUGCAAGGCAAAAAGCUAUCAUGGCCAAAUGCGCUACUGGAGGACGUACGAGCUGGUGA